AUGGCAGCUGGCCGUGUUUGUGUGCUGUCCAGUAUGAAUCAUUCAUUUGAAGAGAAAACAUUGAAUUAAAUUUUGGUGGACUGAAGUUUUGCUACUUUUUGCGGUAAAAGUUAGUCCCGAAAUUGUUACAAUUUUAUCUAAUCCCAGUUGAGAAAUAUUCGAUCUCCAGUGACCCAAUCAAAACACCUUCACAAUGUCGCUGUACCCAUCGCUCGAGGACAUGCAGGUGGACAAGAUCCUGCAGUCGCAGAACGCAGCCGUGGCAAAUGCCGCCGCGGCCCAGCAACAGCAGCUCGGCUAUCCGCAGGGACCUCCGCCGGCGUACUCCGCGAAUCCGUACUCACAGCUAAGUGCGCUCCUUCCGGGUGGUGGCAGUGUUGGCAGCUACGAUGCGGACAACUCCAAGAAAGCGGCCGGAUUCGCUUAUCCGGAUUUGGGCGACUACAUGGGCCUUGAGUUGAGUCAGGAGAUGAUUGCGGCCAACAUGCCCGAAUAUCUGCACAGAAACGCUGGACAGCUGGAAGCCUCACCGAUGACGUCGGUCAACAAUGUCAACAUGGUGGCACCGAUUUCGGGCGACUCGGUGGGACUUCGUCGCGGGCAGGUCACGAACGGAAUUCGGGAGCUGGUCCUCUGCAAAGGUUCGGACAAGAAGGUUGGCCUGCGCGCACAGGCCAUCAACAAGGGAGUCUUCGUGUGCCUCGUGGUUAAGAACAGUCCAGCGGCCAUGGCUGGCCUGCGGUUUGGCGAUCAGAUUCUGCAGGUCAACGGAACGCUCGUGGCGGGCUUCUCCGUCGACGAUGUGCACAAGCUGCUGAAGAAGAGCGACAAGAACAACAUUUCGCUGGUGGUGCGUGAUCGCCCCUUUGAGCGGGCCAUCACUCUGCACAAGGACUCCGCCGGCAGCGUGGGCUUCCAGUUCAACGAUGGAGAAAUAACCGCCAUCGUGAAGGACUCGUCGGCCGCCAGGAACGGGCUGCUGAUCGAUCACCAAAUUCUCGAAGUUAACGGGCAGAACGUAAUCGCCAUGAAGGACAAGGAAAUCUCGAAAAUUAUUUCUGAAGGCGGUCAGAUGAUUACGUUGACGAUUGUGCCCAGCAUGAUCUACAAAGUUAUGAUGAAGAAGCUUUCGACUUCGUUCAUCAAGGGCAAGAUGGAUCACUCGAUUCCGGACUUUUAAACCGUGCAUGUUUAUCUCGUACUCAUAUUGAUGCCAAAAGAAGCGUCGACCAGUUUCACAAUAUGUCGUUUUAUAAAGAUUUUCUUAUAAUGCCAUAAAACAUUAAUUUAACCGCCGGUAACGAUUCAGGAAAGAAGUUUUUUAAACAUGUCAGGCGUACAAGGCACCGAUCCAGAAGAAGCGCAAUUAUUAUCUCCAACAUUUUACUGUGUUAGAUUUACAUAAUAUUGGAAUAAAAAUAUUAUAUGGAUAAAUAUUAAAAA